UUGAUACCCUGCUUUGGUAGUAUUCAUUUAGUCGUUGCUAUUUCAAAGCCAAUUUUAUCCUCAGCGUAUGGGUCUGUAUUUGCAUUGGCAGCACAGUUAACUAGAAGAUUAUCUAUAUGAAGGGCUGAUGGAAGACACAAGGGAUUUGGCUGAACGCACCCCACGUUCAGAGCGUAAGCGGAGAGACUCGUUCGGGAUGUUUGAUGGCUACGACAGCUGCAGUGAGGAGUCCACCAGUAGCUCCAGUUCAGAGGACAGUGAGGAUGAGGUGGUGCCCUCCAUCCCUGCCAGCCUGCCCAUCAUCAAGAACAAUGGUCAAGUCUACACCUACCCGGACGGCAAGGCUGGAAUGGCCACCUGUGAGAUGUGUGGGAUGGUCGGAGUACGAGAUGCUUUUUACUCCAAGACCAAGCGCUUCUGCAGUGUGUCGUGUUCUCGGAGUUAUUCCUCAAAUUCCAAAAAAGCUAGCAUCUUGGCAAGACUUCAGGGCAAACCACCAACGAAAAAGGCUAAAGUCUUACAGAAACAACCUCUUAUGGCAAAAUUGGCAGCUUACGCCCAGUACCAAGCAAGUCAACAGAACCAGGCGAAAUCAAAAGCUGUGGUCCCUGCAGAGAGCUUCGACUGGGGUCGGUAUAUCUGUAGCAAUAACACAGUCGGAGCUCCGGUCAGCUGUUUCAAGCAUGCCCCCAUGGGGUUAUGCUGGGGAGACAUAGAAGAAGGUGUCAGGAUUGAGGUGCUCAACUCUGAUACCAACCUCUCCACUAAGGUGUACUGGAUCGCAGAAAUCAUUAAGCUAGCAGGGUUCAAGGCUCUCCUGCGGUAUGAGGGUUUUGACAACGACACCAGUAAGGACUUCUGGUGUAAUCUCUGCAUCCCCGAGGUGCACCCGGUGGGAUGGUGCGCAUCCAGUGGCAAACCCCUUGUACCUCCAAAAAGCAUACAGCAUAAAUAUUCUAACUGGAAAGCCUUUCUUGUAAAGCGUCUCACUGGAGCUAAAACACUGCCACCUGACUUUAAUGUCAAGGUACACGAGAACAUGCAGUUCCCCUUUAAGAAGCUGAUGCGGGUGGAGGUGGUGGAUAAGAACUACCUGUGCCGGACACGGGUGGCGCUGGUGGAGCAGGUGAUUGGAGGUCGCCUCAGGCUGGUCUAUGAGGAGAGCCAGGACGGGUCUGAUGACUUCUGGUGCCACAUGUUCAGCCCUCUCAUCCAUAAUAUAGGCUGGUCACGAAGCAUCGGACACCGCUUCAAACGAUCCGAUAUUACAAAGAAAAUGGAGGGGCAAGUUGAUGCUCCUGCUCAACUCUUCCAGAAGGUGAAAGAUGUGGACCAGACUGGGGACUGGUUCAGAGACGGGAUGAAGUUAGAAGCCAUUGACCCCCUCAACCUCUCAGCUAUAUGUGUAGCCACUGUAAGGAAGGUGUUGGCAGAUGGGUACCUCAUGAUCGGGAUUGACGGUUCAGAGGCAGUGGACGGAUCAGACUGGUUCUGCUACCACGGCACCUCCCCUUCCAUCUUCCCUGUCGGAUUCUGUGAAAUCAACAACAUAGAACUCACGCCCCCUAGAGGGUACACAAAACUACCAUUUAAAUGGUUUGACUACCUCAGAGAAACAGGAUCAAUAGCUGCUCCUGUCAAGCUAUUUAACAAGGAGGUUCCCAAUCACGGUUUCCGACAAGGCAUGAAGCUGGAGGCCGUCGACCUGAUGGAGCCGCGGCUGGUGUGCGUUGCCACGGUGACGAGGAUCGUGCACCGGCUACUGAGGAUCCACUUUGACGGCUGGGAGGACGAGUACGACCAGUGGGUAGACUGCGAGUCGCCUGACCUCUACCCUGUGGGCUGGUGUCAGCUGACGGGAUACCAGCUGCAGCCCCCAGCUUCACAGAGUAACAGAGACACGCCUCAGUCUGUGCCCAAGCAGAAGAAGAAGGCGCAGCAGUACAAAGGCCAAAAGAAAAAGAGGAAGAUUCCGGUUGGUCGACGGCCCUUCAGUCAGGCAGGCAGGAGGAGGAGCAGCUUCUCGGGGGACGAAGAACAGAGUCCGCCCCCUUACCCUGCCCAGGGGCCCGCUCGGCCCCGGCCCCGAACCCACCUCCACCAAACCCACAAAUCAGAGUCUCUCCUGCGAAUGAAGGAGGAGACGGCGGAGGUGGACGAGUUCACCUUCUCGCAGGGAACCUCGGACCAGGAGAGCAACGGCUCGGGCAGCUACUACAUCAAACAGGAGCCCUGAGAUCACAAGGUCGGGAAAGAGCAGGACACAACCGGGACUGGACACACCUCUGGAUAAACCUCAGCAAGCAUCAGGAAGGUGGAGGGUCGAAACUCGCCUCAAAUCACACUCGUAGACCAACACCGCGGGCCUUCUAUGGAGUCAGCACAGGAGACGGCGAUGAAGAGGAGAAGGGGGUCGGGUUCGUGCUUGUGAAAAUCCUGACGGGAACAUUCCUCUGGACAGUCUUCUAACCUUGUAGCUGUGUGCGCUUGUCAUCACCUGAUCCAGAGGUCGGAGCAGCACCCCGGGUCGCAGAUAUUUGGGCAUUUUCUUUUCGUACCACCCUCGGGUGACGCAACAUCGGCUUUCUCUCCUCUCCUGUCUGGAACAUCCAACCAGACCAGACGUGUUCGGAUGGAUAAAAAAAAAAACAAACAAAAAAAAAAAACAACAACCCUUUUUCCACAGAAAUGGGGCGUCAACAGAAGCCCGUCCUGCCUUUGCCACAAUCUGGGCCACGCACAGAGACCUGUAGAAACUGUGAGAACCAUUUAUUGAGCCAGGUCUUUUACACACACACACACACACACACACACACACACACACACACACACACACACACACACACACACACACACACAC